AUGUCUUCACCUCCGCCAUACCAAUCGUCUUCUAAUCCUCUCAAACGACCCUCUAUCUCAUCUGCCUCGUCGCUACCGAUAGGCAAAAAGCAGCGCAUGCACCCACUUCGUCAGACCUCAUUCCCAAACGGUCUUGAACCUGAGCGCAGCUUUGGUGGUACAAGUGAUGCGGGAAGUGUGACCGGAAGUUACACUGGGAGUCUCGGAGGAGCAAGCGCAGAUGGAGUCUUCGCUGGGGCUGCCCGGGGCAAGAAGCGCGGACGCAAGAGCAAGGUUGAGAAGGAGCGCGAGCGCGAGCAGGAUGCCCUCAGUGCCAGGGGAGGCGAAUCUACACGCUUCGGAUCCGUUGAUAAUGAAGGUUCUGUGAGAGGGGGUCCUUCAGGUGGUGGCGGUGGAGGAGCAGAUGAUGCGGAGGAUGACGACGAGGAAGAUGAGGCCGAGUUAUUUGGACAACAGGACGGGGCUACAGAUACAGAAGCUGAGAAGAAGAAUCUUGCGAUUCUGGUUGAUGCCUUCAAUCCCAUGCAAUCUGAAAGAUACGAUCUUUUCAAGCGGGCGAAGCUGCGCAAGGAGACACUUCGCCGUAUCGUCAACCAUGCCCUCUCACAGUCCGUCCCAGCAAGUGUUGUCACAACCGUCAACGGUUUCACCAAGGUCUUCGCUGGUGAAAUGAUCGAAAUGGCCCGUACAGUUCAGGCCCAGUGGGCCGAUGCGCACGAUCUCGCUGCACGGGACGCAUUCGAGGCCGAAGAAGCCGCGGCUGAAGCCGCCAGUGCUACGAACUCAAAACCCUCAACACCAACCCCAGCCGGCACACCAGGUCCCGGUCCAGGCGCCAAUGGAGUGAAGGCCGAGCCCAAUGACUCCGAUCAGACGCCUAAUUCCUCCCUCCCUCCCCAUAGCAUCUCGAAAGCAUCUCUAAAUCCAUCCGCAACUCCUCUCCGUCCAAAACGGGAGUUCCGCCCUCCCCCAAACCCCCACCGAGGUCAACUUCUGCCCGCUCAUCUGCGCGAGGCUGUGAGACGCACAAAGCGCAAUGGCGAAGGUGGUGGAGUUGGUUACUCGGGAUUGAGUCUGGAGAAUAUGGGGGUCCGAGGAUCUUACACCUGGAACUCGGGAACUGCCGGUGGACGCAGGCUGUUCCGGUAA